CCGGCGCCUACCGCAGCCCCGGCCUCUGGCCGCUAGACGCAUGCGUCCUCCUGCUUUCGGCUUGUGACCCCACGUGACCUGGCGGGAGGGGGGCGGGACGCCGCUGCGUCUCUCUCUUCGGGUCCCCGCCGGCGGCGCAGAAGGGAGGGGGGCGGAUCCAUCAUGGCGUCCAUGCAGAAGAGACUACAGAAAGAACUGUUGGCUUUGCAGAAUGACCCACCUCCAGGAAUGACUUUAAAUGAAAAGAGUGUACAAAAUUCAAUUACACAGUGGAUCGUAGAUAUGGAAGGUGCUCCAGGUACAUUAUAUGAAGGGGAGAAAUUUCAGCUUCUAUUUAAGUUCAGUAGUCGAUAUCCCUUUGAUUCUCCUCAGGUCAUGUUUACUGGUGACAAUAUUCCUGUUCAUCCUCAUGUUUAUAGCAAUGGUCAUAUCUGUUUAUCCAUUCUAACAGAAGACUGGUCCCCAGCUCUCUCGGUGCAAUCGGUUUGUCUUAGCAUUAUUAGCAUGCUUUCCAGCUGCAAAGAAAAGGUUUUUUUUCUAUUGCAGAGGCGACCUCCAGAUAAUUCAUUUUAUGUAAGAACAUGUAACAAAAAUCCAAAGAAAACAAAAUGGUGGUAUCAUGAUGACACCUGUUGAUGCCACCAUUUUGUGAUCCUCCUAGCAGAAGACUGUCCUACUGAGAAGAUGAGCACUUUGAUCAUUCAGUCUUUGAACUUUAACCUUUGACUGGAAGUGACCUAUAGACAAUGAAGACUACUUCCUUUGACUGCAUUUUUACUAGUGUGCAUUCUGGGCGCAUGUUGAUCGCUGGUUCAGUCCAUGCAACUGACAUGCUUUAGUCAUACAGUAUUAAUGCAGGUGUCUGGAAAUGUCAGAAAAAUUCCAUUUAUUUUUAUUUUUAAGCUUUUGGCAGAAUUCCAGGUCUUCAUGUAUUGUGCAAUAACAGUUGAACUCCUUGGCAGUUUUAUGGCAUCCAUUGCCGGCAAUGGAUGUUAUACCAGGAAAAGUUUUGAUCCUGCUGCAAAAUAAAUUGAUUGGAUGGUAGGUCUUAUGGAAAGUUUCAGAUAUAUUGGGAUUAUAAGUAAGGGAUCCAACAUUACUUUGAAAGCAUCCCAUUCUUUUAUAUUUGGAUUCUGUGCACUGUGAUCACAAAACUAGCAGCAUAAUUAACAUGCUUAGCUAAAGGACUGUAAUAAGAUAAUUACAUAUUUAUUAAAUUGUUCAUCUGCUGUCAAAUUGUUUCAACAUGGAAGGUUUUCAAGUGACAUUGGGAGAUAGGUACAAUUAUCCCUAUGGUGAAAUAAAAAUACCUUUUUUGUAUGGUAGUUACUCAUAUCUCUAACACACAGAUAUGAGUAAUAAUUGGAUAUGAGUGGCUUAAUCAAGACUUAUUUUUUGAGAUACAAGAAGAUGGCAGUGAUAUAAUUAAAUUUGCUGCAGUCCACAAUUGGGCCUGUAAUUUGUUCAUUAAAACUUUUUUCCAUGUAGAUUGCACACUGUUACUUCCUGCUAGCCAUCAGCAUGAGCCCUACUGCCUACACAAUUUCAUUUAUUUAUGUGUUUGAAAACAAUCCAUAUAACGUUUGCUGUUUUUGUUGUGUUGUAUGUCUGUUUGAAUGUUACAAAACAAUAUUUUGAUUGAAAAGCUUUGUCAGAAGAUAUUUUCUUGUAAAUUAUUUCUUUACCUUGUAAGCAUCAUCUUGUCUUUUAAUCCUGUACUAUAAAGAAAGAAAUACAUUUUUGACAGAGGCUUAAUGUUUUGACACAAAAGUGUGGACCUUUUUAUUUAAGUUUAGACAAAAGUAUAUUUUCUUAACUUGCUUGUCCUACAGGCAUAAUAAUUUUUUUCCAGCUUUUUCUUCACAAAAAUUUAAUUACAGCUAGAUUAACUUUUUUCUACAGAGAAAUAAUUGUUGAAAAAUAGGUAAUUGUUCUCACCACUGUGUAAUUUUAUGAUACUACAAGUAGGCUGUCUUUUUAGGAAGCACUGAUGUCUUUUAUAUACUUAGUACCUUUACACAUAUGCAACAUUUCUAUAACAAUGCUGUUUUUACUGUUGCCUUAUUGUUGACUCUUUAAAAAAAAAAAAAAGUAGUCAAUAAACAAAUGUCUAAAUCAAAUAACUAUUUACUUUAUUUUUAAAAUAAGAACCAGAAACAGCUAAACUUAAAAAAAAAAACAAAAAAAAACAAAAAUUGGCUGAAAAUAUUGAAAUAUUUUUUUACUGCUGUAUAAUUGACAAAUUGUAUAGCCUUGUACAUACGUCUGUAUGUUAUCUAAUGUUUAAAACAUAAAUUUUAAAAAGUGUAAAUGCUGAACUCAGGGUGGGUAGAACUCAAAUGGAUCAGCUUUGUACAGCCAUUGAAUUAUGGAUAUUAUCGGUAAAGUAGGGCUACUAUACUAUCUUUUCUAUUAUAUUAGAAACCCUUUUUGGCCUUUAAAACUCAACAGUAAAAAGUAGUUGUGAAUAUAAAUUUGGUGUAUAUAUCCUUUCACAAUGAACAUUUUUAAAAAGGGAGAGGGGGGGGGAGAAAAUCUGUCAGUUUUUGUUGAGCCAAAAAUCACUUUGAGAAUUGAAACAGUUGUGCUCCUAAUUAUAACUAACUUGUAUUUAGCAUGAAUUUGAAGAUGUAAGUUAAUCAUAACAAUCCAGUUAAUAUCUGCAAACUGUUACUAUGCAUGAGCAGUAACUUUUUAUGAAUAUUUAAUCUAUUUCUUAUUAACAUACCUGCUCUGUAUUACUGAUUGACUUGAUUGAUGUAUCUUUCAGAAUUCCAUGUAUUUCUCUUCAUACAGCUGGUUCACAUAAUGGAUCAUGUCAAAUAUUCACUUGCUAAUCCACAGUAAAGAAACAGUACUAUGACACAACUUAAUGCCUCUGAAAGAAUUGUUACAGUGCAUCAUGUCAAAGAUUGAUGUAAUUGUUUUCAUACUGUGGAUUGUGAUAAUACAAUAUAAUGGUUUGAAGAAGCUUUAUAAUGUACUGUAUCUUAUCAGAGAUACAUGCUGUAGUGUUUAGCAUUAUACCUUGAUUCACCUAUCAGCACCAUUGUAUGGAUUAACAUAGAGAUGAAUAAGUAAAUAAUCAAAUAGCUGGUCUCAUUUAUGCUGCUGUUUAAAACAAAAGAAAAUAUGAAAACCGUGUUAAAGUAACAUGGAUAUUCUUAUUUAAAACCAAAAAAGCAAGGUAUAUUAGAAGAGGAAGAAUAACAAGUUAACUGUCUUGGAUUCUGUGUUCUGUUGCUGUUUGGUAGAUAAAAUUCACCCUGCAGAGAGGACCAGCACAAAGCCUGUGUGCCACAUAAGUCCUGAAAAUAGUGAAGUUACUCUGAUAGUGCUGUGCUGUCUCAAAAUUGGGUUCACAUUGGAUGUAAGGGGUAUUGGCCUUCCCCAUUGGUGAAAUUUACCCUGUGUGUUGAACUCUGUCUGUCAGUGGGAGUUCCUCAUAUGAAUUGGCAACAGAAUUUGCUCCAAACUACCUUGCUUUGCUUUUACAUCAAUAUUCAGAUUGUUAUACAUUUUGUUUUGUGUUUAGUGUUUAUACCAUAACACAAUAAAUACUUAUUUUUAAAAUAGAUCAGUGCCCUUGAAUGGAAAUAAAUGUGACCCCUACAUGGUGAAGUACAGAAGUGAUUGCAAAAUGAUGCAAUGGAAAUCGAGAUGUUUACGUAACACUGUGCUUAACUUUUUUUUCCUCAAGUAUAUAUUGCAAAGGAAAUACUUUCUUUACAUUUGAAUACUUUAAUAUGGAAGGGAGAAUAUCCACUAGAUUAUUAUGCUGCUUUGGCGCUAUUUUUUAGUUUGCAUAGAUAUUUAUAUACACUUAUGUCAUGGUUUUGGUGUCCUUUUGGCAAGCACUUUAAAUACUGAAUGGGGAGCAGGAAUAUAUUAGAUUUUUUUGUUUAUUUUUUGGGGAGAGAGAUUAUAUUAUUUCAGAGUACAUUUUUGGACUGUUCUGGGAAGACAUUUAUAUUGCAUCACAUCAAUAAAUUUGUUCAUAA